CAAAGAAACCGUCGACCAUGAAUGGGAGUACCAAUCCGCUGCUGGAUAAAGAGGAGCAUGUUUUGAAGCUCGGAGAAAGCUUCGAGAAGAGGCCAAAAUCUUCUUUUCACACCAUCAGAUAUGACUUCAAACCAGCGUCUAUUGACACGAGUUGUGAAGGAGAGCUGCAAGUUGGGAAAGGAGAUGAAGUUACCAUUACAUUACCUCACAUUCCAGGCUCCACGCCUCCUAUGACAGUAUUUAAGGGAAACAAGCGACCAUAUCAGAAGGACUGCGUUCUCAUCAUUAACCAUGACACGGGUGAAUUCGUCCUGGAGAAGCUCAGCAGCAGCAUCCAGGUGAAGAAAACAAGGGCAGAGGGGAGCAGUAAGAUCCAGGCCCGAAUUGAGCAGCAGUCAGUUCGCUCCAGCCAGCCUAGCUCUCAGUUCCGGGCUCCAACCAAACCCGGAACUGGGAUCAAAACCUCGCCCUCCCAAACUAAGGACAACCCCUCUCCAGAGCCGCAGCUCGAUGACAUCAAGAGAGAGCUGAGAGCGGAGGUAGAGGUUAUAGAGCAGAUGAGCAGCAGCGGCAGCAGCAGCUCCUCGGACUCAGCCAGCGCCUCGGGGAGCGGCGACGACAGCAGCAGCAGUGACGGCGAGAACGACGCACCGCGGCCGCUCAGCCAGACCUCCCCCAGCCGCCUCCCUGUGGCCAACGGAGGAGUCGACCGGCAGCAGGGCAACAACCAGCUCAUGAACACACUCCGAAACGAUCUUCAGCUCAGCGAGUCAGGCAGCGACAGCGACGACGAAUGAACUCUCCGGGUCAGCCUCGCCUCCCUCACACUCCUCCUCCUCAUCUUCCUCUUUUUUGCCUGAUUCAUUUGUUUCUUUGCUGUGAUAGCUGACUCCAUCCUAGUGCUGUAGUGUGACUGUAUUUUAAAAGUUUUAUUUUGGUAUUUCCUUAAAGAUGGCCACCCAGACACAUUAGGAGUUUAUUUUUAUUAGAUGUAUAUUUUGUUUUGGAAGAGUUUUAGCUGAGAGUGAUGGAAGAUUAUAUCUAGAGCAUCCAUGCAUAUUUUAAGUACUAAAAGAAGCUAGUUUUAUCAGCCAAAUACUUCUAUUUUUAUUAACUUUUGUUUGUAUCUCAAAAUGAACAAGAUAAAGGUUUCAGUCGGAACCACCCACAGCUUUGUCUGACAUACCACCGUAUGUCAGACAAAGCUGUGAACAUCCUCUCUUUAUGUUGUUGUUGUUAUUAGCACUUCUUUCAGCAUGAAUCAAACUUACAUUCAUAUACAUCCUCUUUCUUUAAAUACUAAAAAUACUGUACUGCAAAAACAGUAUCAAUAACCUUUCAGCCAUUUCACAUUUGAUUCUUUAGUGGCUGUUUAGCACCACAUAAAACAAGAGAAAACUGAAUUUUACCUGCCCUAUUUUUCAAAAAGAGAUUCUAAUGACUUUUUAUUAAUUAUAUAGAAAGUGAGGAUGUUAAAAGUUGGUAUAAAAGCUGCUCAUACAAGAUCCUUAUAAUAAAUGAAUAACAUCUUGGAUGAUGUUCUUUUUCCCCGCCACAAGAUGGCAGACAAGAUUCAAAAUUAAAACAGAAACCUGCUCAAUGAAGGACAUUCAUUGAGUAGGUUCAUUUGUAAUACCAAAAAGAAAAAUGGGUUCUUUCAAACUUGGUUUGGUUUCUCUGGAAGGUAAUGUUAUGAUUUGUUUGUGCUGGAUCUUCAUUUACCCUAAUUGUUACUCGUUGUGUUCAUCUUUCUCAAAUAGCAACAGAUGUAGAUUAGAAAAUGAGGAAAGUCAACCACUGUGUAUUUGAAACUGGAUAACCAAGAGAAGAAACGAAAGAGGAAAAUGUUACAAUUUCCAGUUUAGCUCUUCACAGCUCUUUGAUUGCAGACAGUGUUACUAUCUGAGAGCCGUGUGUACUGUGUCUACCCUUCAGCUUACAGACACAUACAGAUUUUCUCAUUAAUGUUUGAUUUUAUAUGUUAUUUUUGGUCUUAAUGUCAGGUACUUAAAGCAUCAUCUCUGUGUUUCAGAGAUUUGACUUUAUUAUUCAGGCCUCCUGAGCCAAUCAUUGAGGCAGUUAUUUAAAACUACAUUAUAGGAGACUUGAAACAAAAAAAAGCUCAUAGGAUAACUUUUAUUUGUUUCAGACAUGUGUUGUUUGUUUGACCCAGAUAUAAACCAGGCCACAGGACCUUUAAAUGCUUUACAGAAUGUUAGUUUGGUAACAAAGGUAAAUGUAUUAUAGUCAGAAAAUGCCAAAGAAUAGAACUCGCCUAGAGAAAGACAUUCAGGAUUGUUGAUUGUGUUCAGUUUACAGUUUUACAGUCUCUCUGUGCAAACAGUAUAAUUGGUUACUUUGUUGUUGUUGUUUUUUUUAAUUAACUGCAAACAUUGUUG